AUGCUGCAACUCAGUAGCAUCGUCGCCAUCGCCGCCUCGGGCGCGGCCAUCUUUGUUGUCUUGUCGGUGGUUGGAAUAGUGGUCUGGGUCAGAGUUCGCAAGGAACGACAUGCAAGAAGACUACAUGGCCUUAAGAGCGGGCAAUAUGCCCACAGCAUCCAUACCUUCACGGGGAAUACCCUGACCUCGCUGUCAUACGAAGAAGGAAAUGUACUCGGGACGCAUGGACAGCUACCUUACGGCAAACCAGGAGAAUGGGGCCAAUUGACCUCUCGAGAAAGUCUGGUACGGAAGAACACAUCGGAUUUCCCUUUGGUCCAAACAGCACGAUCAUUGCGCCAAUCAUUAUCUCGGCGCCGUUCCAGGCGACUAUCAAGAUUCUCCAAGCAUAGCCGCUUGAGCUCAAUGGCCACUGUGGAUGAAACGGUCAUUCAGCAACCAGUGAGCCCUCCUCGGAUCUCAAGAGAAGAUGUUCCUCUCUCUGCUGUUGAAGGAGUGCUUGAAUUGCCAACGGAGCGAACACCCAGGCAGACACCAGAGAUGAAUCAGGAUGGUGUCGGUUUCCAUCUGGGUAUGCGGCCGGUCUCCCCAGGCUGGCCAUUUCCCAGCCAAAAGGAACGAUCUGGCCUUGGUCCAUUGCUGGAAGGCCGUACGUCUCAGGAUAUGUACGAUCCGCCGCGGAGAAUAUUCAAGGAGUCACCGCAGCGAAUCCGCGGCAAUAGCAUCUGCGGUCAAUCAGCAGGUCUUGCACCCGAUGACCCAAUUCCUUCACCUCCCCCGCCGGCAGCGUUCCCAGUGGAUAGAAUGAGUUACGCUAGGAACGAUUCAGUGAUGCGCCUAUCCUCUAUGAGUCUUGAUACCACAAAUAGCUCAAUUCUCGAUGAUGACAGGAACGGUCUACGAUCUUUGGACACCGAUCGGACCUCCCCUGAUGCCCCAUCUGGCGGCACCUUUGUGCCAUUCAGUGCCAGUGACGUUGGGAAAAAAAAUGGACGGCGAAGCUUCAUUUCAGCCAGUACCAGCAUUUCCAUGCCACCCUUGCAGAGCUUUCCUGUCCGCUCUUUCUCGACUGCGGAGGCUCGAAGGAAGUCUUCUUUAGAAUGGAUGGCACCUCGACGCAGUGUGACCACGACCUCCCGAAACCCUAGCAAGUCAAGCCACUGCUUGAGUGGGCCUCCAUGCCGCAGCAAUUCCUUGUCAUCCAAUGCACCUACCAGGAAUACAUCUUUCCGAAGUGGAACUCCUGGGUCAUUGAAGGGUUUCCAAAUGAUUAACCCUAUCAACCGGAGAUCGUCUGGAGCACAAAGCGCCUAUGUUCCCCACUUCAGUCAGUUCCAACAACCGCCAGUUUAUGAGAUUGAGCCGCAGAAUGAUCCCUUCUAUGGCGGUUCCCCCCAGUCGACCGGAACCCUGUUCUCCAUUGGAUCCCCGGGGCAAGCAGCGACCUCGUCGAUGCCUCCGAGUCCCAUGCAACGCUCUAGUCUGUCUCAGCGAGGCCCUGUGGUUUCUGCUCUGAAGAGUGCCAAAUCGCAGCGCAAAGGUCAUAGACGCCAGAACUGCGUGCGUAUCUCGAUUCACCCUCCUAUGACAUUCGCUGGCCCUACCUUCUCCCCCACGGUGGAGGAAGAGCAGGAUGAUAUUGAUCAGAUAGAAGAAGUGGAUUCGCGCGAAAGCAACAUGAAUGGAACGUCCCUGCCUGUUCUGCCAGCCAACGGGUCGUCGCCACUUCCACUUUCCAAGCGAAGCAGUAGACGCAACAAGGCUCAGCCAAGCACACUGGGUCCUCUUUCAGAGGAGCCGCAAUCUCAGAUGAACAAGAGCCCCUCGAAGAAGAGGAAGAACGCUACAAGUGAUGCCGUAACCCGUGAUCCUCUCACAAGCAAGGCCCGUGAACUUCCUGGGCCUGUUACCUCUCUACCUCCUGUCUCCGAUGGCACUCUCGACCACACACCAUCCCCGUCAAGAAUCUCCCCUCUUUGGGAGCUUCCUGAAGCCCCAUUAUCAUCGCUUGAGACUACCCCUUGUACUGGAAGCCCACGGCGUUCUGGUGUCAAGGGCCCGCGCAGCCAACCCCAGACGCCCAAAUCUGCGCGCAGCACUCCCGCACGCUCUCCAACAAAGGUUUCCCGAGACCCAUUCGUUGGAUCCCGUCUGGCCGGUGGCUUGCCUUUAAUCACAGGCACUCAAGGUAGUGACUGGCGGAAAGCAACAGACUCCCUGCACCACGUUGCCACCGACGCCGAUGAUCUCUCGCUUCGACGCAGUCCUGAAUUGCCAAGCCCCUUGGUCGGUGGCCUUGGCCCCCUUCCCACACCCCCAAUGUACGGUAUCAAAACCAACAAGAGCAAUUCAAAGGUGCGGGAUCGCGUAACCAUUUGGGAAGAUGCCAACCGCGGAGUUUCACCACCCAGGCCUUCUCCUGCACACCUCGCUGGAAGAUACGCAUUCUCUGACAAUAAUUUGCCAACACACUUCAAGAGCAACACAUCGAACACGCCUCGGUCCCUUUGCAAGAACGGUUCUCCUAUCCGACUGAACGGCCAGCGGAUGGCUCCCGCACCCGCCUCUGCACGGCGAGGUACAACAACACCAAUUGGCAAAGGUGUUGGCUUAGGGGUCGUUGCGGCCACCCCGGUGAGUCUGUACGAUGGUGAGGGAUUCUUUAGAGAGUAG